UCUACCGACUGAGCUAACCGGGCAUUAGCUGAGCAUGGUAAGGAAUCGUAGGUAUAUAUAAAUAUAACAAGCUGCUCGUAACCUUGUACGUGGGAGUUCAACCAAUAAAGGGGUGAAACAUGAGGGGAGCUGGAUGGCAAUGGAACGAGGUUGCGGUCAUACUAAUAAGCGUCAAAAUGCGUCAACACACACAGAAGCGUCAACACAGCGUCAACACCUCCAAAACGCAUUGAAAUUGACAAAACCAGUGUUCAAACCGUACGGUAUGGGCAGAAAUAAAAUUUUGGCUCAAAAUCAAUAGGAUAAACGUCUGAAAAUUGUAAUUUUUUGUCAAGAAAAUUGGCUCUAAGUGCAGCGCCGAAAUCGGCUGCCAUCAGGUUGCUUCAGGGGCAGCGCAGACGAUACCAUUACGCAAAAGGGGUAAUAUCAUUACACAAUUAAUCAACAGAGGGCGGUCGUUACGUGUGAAUCCGUAUACGACAUGAUAAUUUCAUUACCUCCACACCCAUAUCUGAAAUGGUGGAGUGCAAGCUCGGUGCAAAGCAAGAUGGCCGACAACGGCAGUGUUGCUUCGGAUCAUUUUUUCGCGUGAAAAAAACUCCAUUUUCGUAAACGAAAUGUAACCUCUGACCCACCAAAAAUCUCUUUAAGACUAAACUUUAAAGUUCUAUGCCUUUUUUGAAAAUUUAGAAUGCGUUUUGGCAGUGUUGACGGUGUGUUGACGCUUCUAUCAUGUGUUGACGCUUCUAUCAUGAUCAUGUGUUGACGCCUUGUUGACGCUGUGUUGACGCUUAUUAGUACGACUCCGAGGUUGAUGUCGGCGCGGCAAAAAUACAUACGAAAACAUGUAACUUUGUAAGCGACUUAGUCCUACAGCAACUUAGCAAGGAAAGGUGUUGAAGCUGUGUCCGAUAUCACUUGCGCACGGAACCCCGAAAUUCAACCUGUUCCUACUUCUUCUAGUCGAAUGGCCUGUCAGUAAGAAACAAAAUAAAAGAUGGCGCAAACCUCUAGUGGAGUUGAUCCGGAGAUGCUGAACAAGAUGGGCGUUCAUCUCAAGUCCCAGGGCAUCUUUGAUCAAUUCCGACGUGACUGCUUGGAAGAUGUGGACACAAAGCCUGCCUACCAGAAUCUGCGGCAGAAAGUCGAGAGUUACGUCUCGGCGUUUCUGGCCAAGGUCAAAUGGGAGCCCAAAAUGAACAAGAACCAGUUACGUGACAGCCUGCGCAGGCAAAUAAACCAAUCCGAGAUGUUGUCUGCAGGCGUGGAACGAAUCAUUGAGCAGGUGAUUGAACCCAAGAUGCAGCACGUAUUCAGACCACAGAUUGAGAAGGUUGUGGAUGAAUUCCUUGAUCCCAAGGGAAACAAGGAUGCAGAGAGUGUCAAGAAAGACCUGGCCACAACCUCUGGAUGGCAAGGUGUGUCACAGCAGAUCACACCACCUGCACCCCCAGAUCUUCCGCCGGAGGUUCCAAUCCCUGCCCCACCACUACCCCCUUCAGAGCCCCCAGCAGCGCCCCCUGAGGCACCUCCUGAAGCACCCCCAGACUCGCCUCCGGACGAGCCAGCCACAUCAACCCCGAGUCAGCAAGACCCUGCGAAGGGCUUGCAACCGGGAACCUCGCCAACUGCUUCAUCCGGAGGCAAUACACCUUCCUCCGCAACCAGCAAGGGGCACGAAACCCCCGGCUUAGUGAAAAAGCAGCCAGGAGGGGUGACCCAAGUGACAGCCGAAGUCAAAGGGGAAAAGAAACCAGUCAGCGAGCCUUCAAGUGAGGUCAAACCGGCUGUGCCUGGCAAAUCUCUGAACGUCAAAAGCGAACCAGUUAAAAAUCAACCUGGAAAACCUCAGCCUGUCAAAGACCAAGAGGCAAAGAAAGUAACAACAAAAGACCAGGUCGUCAAGAUGCAACCUUCGAAAGUGAUCAAGAAAGUUCCUUCAGGAUCUAAACUUGUCGAAAUCGUCAAAACUCCUGACAAACCAAAACUAAGUAUUCCUAGUAAGUCCUCUGCCUCAAAACCAAAAUCGCCAGAAGAUUCCAAGAAACUUGAUGACAGGCCAAACCCCCAAGUAGCAGUCAAGAAGUCCACCCAGGAUUUGGUAACAAUGCUUCCACUGACGUCGGAUGUGGUGAGGUCAUUCAUCUCCGCCAACUCCUCUGUUGUAAUAAUCACCCCAGAAGCCACCACGAGCACUAGCAAGUCAAGGGACACGGAUUCCUUACAGUCACAGACCAAGGCAGUCAUCAGCAGUCAGUUCAUCCGAGAGGAGCAACACAGUUGGAGUCCCCUAUCCAUACCUGAUGCACUGGCCUCCUCAAGCCUGGACAUGGAUCAGGCUGAUCCGAGCAUGGACCUGGAGAUUGCUGACAGGGAGUCGGAUGGAGAGAGCGGCCUGUCUGAUAUAUCAGUCAGCUCUGUCCACACCAGUGAUCUGUCGUCGUUUGAUGAGGACAUCAGCUCUUCUUCUUCGAGUUCCAGCACCGAUUCCAGUAGUGAGGAGGAGGAAACCACUAAACCCAAACGAGUUUCACCUAAAAAGAAAAAGCCGAGCUCCGUUGUGUACCCUUCCGACAGCGACUCGGAGGUCCCCUCGGAAGUGACCAUCAGCACGGACACCAGCAGGCCUGCCUCUGUAGCCUCGGACAAACCCUCAGCCAAGAGGUCCCCAAGAUUGCAGGCCGCCAAACCCAGGGCUCUGGCGAUCAGCCGUUACCAUGGAGACAGCGAGGACGAGGACUCGCGUCAAGAGAGGAGAAAGAAGGCAGCUUUGGCUAAGGAGGAGAGAGCUCGGCGGCGGCAGUUGGCCAAAGAAGAGAGAGAAAAAGCUUUUGCUGAAAAACGGGAGAAGAGGACUCUAGAUUCGGAAACAACUGAUGACUCAAGUGAGGCCAAGAAGACGCUUCGCAGGGAGGAGGCGGCGACAGCCUCGCCACUCAAAGCCACCAAGGAGCAGCUGAAGGAGCAGAAGAUGCUGGAGAAGAAACGAGAGGUCCGGCGGAGACGCUCGCUCAACAAACGCUACUUUUCCGACGAGUUCUCCUCAUCAAUGCAAGGGAUGAAAGAGACGGUAUCUCAACAAGAAGAUGAUGACGCGAUGCAGCAAGAGGAGGCAAAGCAGCCAGAGGUGAUCCCCCUGAGAGCAUUCAUCCGCAAGGAGAAGCUUCAGUGCUUCCACCUGAUCUACCGUGAGCGCCGGGAGCCCCAGGUCCGAUGCCACCACCUGCUCACCCAGGGGCUGAGCGGCGAACAACAGAGAAAGCUGAGCACUCGCAAGCGGAAGGAGAGGAGAGACUCCAAGGUUUCCAGGUUCGCCUUUGCUCAAGCCAAGGCGGUGGCUGGUGCCUCCGGCGAAAGAAGCAGUAUGCCACGUUCACAGCCACAGCCAGCCAAAGACCAGAAGAUUCCAGAGCAGGAGCAACAAGAAGAGCAACAACAGCCACAGGAAGAGACGGAGCAGCAGGCGAUAACUAGAGAUGUCCAGGAAGAUUCUGAGAAACUACCAAGAGAGGAGGAGUCUAAUAUGCCACAGGGGGGCCAGGAACCAGAGUCAGUCCAAGAACCAGAGUCAGCCCAAGAACCAGAGUCAGUCCAAGAGCCAGAGUCAGUCCAAGAGCCAGAGUCAGUUCAAGAACCAGAGUCAGUCCAAGAACCAGAGCCAGUCCAAGAACCAGAGCCAGUCCAAGAACCUGAGUUAGUUCAAGAACCAGUGUCAGUUCAAGACCCAAUGAAGGAGCACCAGCAGAUGGAAGAUGUUCAGUCAUCUGUUGUUGAACAAGACCCUUGCUCUGUGGAAGAGAAAGGGAAGUUGGUUGAGGAGGCUGUGGAAGAAAAGGCCAAGACUGAAGAAGCAGUUCUGCUCGAGGAAAAUCAUGACAGGGUACAGCCAGAAGAGCUACAGCAGGAUGUAGACGAAACUGUGCAGGAUUUGGGACUAAAGGAGGGAGCAGAAAUGCAACAGGGAGGAGAAGAAAAGGAUGAAAGAAUUAACAACCCGGAUGAGAAACAGGAGCAGGUUAAAGCUGAAGAAGAGGAGCUUCCAAGUAGCGAACAGGGUUCUGGGCCGGAGGCUGAGAAAUUGGUAGAGGAGUCCGGGAUGCAGGAAGUUCAGGACCAGGAGGUAACUCAUGAAGAGCAGAAAAUCCAGGAAGAGUUGCUAGGGGAUACAACCAAGACGGAUCAUCCUGAGGAACAGACAUGCGGUAAAACAGCAUCACGAGAAAUAAUUGAGCCCUCACUGAGGGAUGCUACCGCUGUUGAGCAAGCAGCAAAAGCUCAACAAAUUGUGACAGCAGACGAAGCAGGGUCAGCAGUUACCAUGGAACCAGCAGUUACCGUGGAACCAGCAGUAACCGUGGUGACACCAAGUGAGGACAUCGACAACCCACCAACUCCCACUCAGGAUGAGCCAUCAAUUUACUCAGAUGCAGAUUCAGAGUCUGAAGAGCACAGCGACAAAGGAUCAUCCAUCCCUAUAUACACAGUGCACAGCCCAAAGCACCUGCCUCUCGGGUCCGUUUUCAAGCUCAGUCAGACAUCCCUGCAGGACAUCAAGCCUGCUGGGGUACAAGCAGGAACAAGAACCCUGUCUAGAGACAGUGAUGCCUCUGUACCUGAUGACACUGAAAAACUUGGGGAGACUAGCUACAAGCGUGAGGAUAGCCUUGAGAGUAACACGGACAGUGACAAACAAGACAAACCAAUCAGCAGUGAGUCAAGACCCCAAGAUAAGCCAAUCAGUAGUGAGACUUCAGAGUCAUCCCCGCCCGAGAGCCGCUAUGGGACCCGCCCUAAGCGUCACGCCACCUCUCCCCGUGACUCACUAGAUGAUGACUACUUUUACUACGGCCAGUCUAAACGCGGCCGCUACUCGCAGUCGCCCAUCUCCCAUCAGGAAGAGGGGGAUAAAGCUGGACGCUCCAGGUCAAGGAGGGUAUCGACUGACAGCGGUAAAUCAGAUGGCCCUAGCCGUGAGGCUGCUGACAGACCCACAAGGGCUUCCCGUCAGAGGCACGUCUCCCCACCCCGACGUUACUCCCCCAGCGACACCAGGACAUCUUACAGGAGGUCAUCUACUUCAUCACCCCACCCUCCUCCUGCCCCAACUCCGCCCACGAAGCAGACAAGGCGUGGCUCUUCACCAUCCUCCCAUGAGCACUUUACAAGACGUUCCUCCGGUCGAGAUGAGGCCAAACGGGGCAACCGAUACUCGGACAUGUAUUACUAUAAUGACCGUGGGUCGCGUAGCCAAACACCAAGCAGGGGAGGGGAUAGAGGAAGGGCUCCUGAACCAGCCAGUAGCCGUCGAGGGUCCAGACGCUCCGUGGAUGAAAGGUCAGGUAAUCAACCUCCUACAAAAAGACGAAAGUAGGUAGCUUUCCAGGCAAACCAUUUGUUUCUGAAAUGUGGUGUUUAUUGUGCUUAAAAAGCAAACAGUUAUAAUUUCUGUAUGCGUUAAUUCAAUAUUACAAACGCAAAAGCAAAAGAAAGUGAAAAUAUUUUUAAAUUAUUUUUGAAAGGUUAUUCACAAUUAGCACUUCACGUGUGAUGCCAAUCAUAACAGGUCAAAUGUUUUUUUGAAUGCUUGCAGACACUUUGAUUAAUAGUUUACUUGCAUGGCGAAAUGUAACCAAGAGUGGUCAAAUAUCUUAUGCCUGUUAUUUUCCUUUUUAAGAAGUUUCACGCACAACUUACAAGCGCACACGAAACAUUGCUUUGAAGAGUUUCAAAACCUUGAUUGUUUUUCAUGCGCUGGCAAGAUAUCUCACAAGUCGGAAAAAAAAAAAUUCCAUGAUCGGUUCUCUUUUCAAUACUUUUCUACCUCUUUGGUUUCCAUCAUCAAGGUACGUAUAUUAAGGUCAGUAAAUAUUAAAAUUUAGAGGGCCUGACAUUUUUAUUCCAAAAUAAUAUUUCCCAAAGGCAGGAAAUU